AAGAGAUUCUGAGUUUUGAUAUCCUUUGUUAUUUGGACUUUAAGCUACGAAUAAGUAAAGUUCUUGAAGUGCAUUGAUUGAUAUUAGUGACUUUUCAUUCUGGCAACCCUUUGGAACAAUAAGUGGAGACUUGGUUGAUUGUGGCUGGAUUUCAUUGCAUUAAUAUCAUCGGAUCCCUCCCUAGUUUCUCGUGAGAGGAGUGAGUGAGAGACGGAAAGAAAGAAAGAAAGAGCCUGCUUUCUAAUUAUCAUUUGACGGUGGAAUUUGAUGGUAGCCGAACUACCUGAACUUUUAUCUCUCUGCCUUGCCUUCAGUGUGACGGUUGAUCUCCGAGUGUCUCAACAGUAUUAAUACCCUUCUGUUAUUAUGACUCAUUGUCAACCACAAAUGAGAUAUCCAACACUCUCUGAGAAUAUCAACUUCUAGUGAAAUUAGUUCAACCGAAAAUGUGCGUUUUUGUGGUCAAGCAUGACGUCCGAGAAUGAUCCAGGAUGACCACGUUCCUGGAAGAUUCAUUCCAAAUCGCUAAUGAGUUCAACUCCCUCGGGAUCAUCACGGAUGAUCAAGACUACUCGGAGUGGUCCGAUGACGAGGAUGAAGAACUCACUCCCAGAUUGCUAUCGCCUUUAGAAGAAGAUGACCUCAACCAGGAAAAAGAUGUCCUUGCCUUUAGCAAGAGGAGAACAAUCAUUCCAUCACGCUCCGGUUGCUGGUCGUCCUUUUCAUGGACGUCUUUGUAUGAUCGGGGCACAGACUCCUCAUUAUCCUGGGCCGAUGAGGAAAUGGAGCGGGAAACCACGGAGAAGGUCCAAGCAUUGUUUAAUCAGAUCGAUAAUGUUCUUUUUGAAGAACCCACUGCUCCAGCUCCCAUUACGAAACAGCAAUCGCGCUCUCUGCCCAAUGAUUUGGAGCAGGAGUGCACCUUGUGGCGGAACACCUACCCCCAUCUGAGACUGCUCGGAAAGCCGAUACUCAAAGUUAAUCAAGUGCCAAACUUCCAACUGGAAAAUAGUGAUACUCAAUAUCGUGAUGAUCCAAACAACGACUCCAUAUCUGAGGAGGAGACUUUUGCCUCCCAUGGUCGUUAUGUGGAUGAAGAUCAAUCAAACAGUUGCUACAUCAUGGAUGGGCUCACCAUUAACGAGCGGUUCGAGUGCGAUCCCAAAGACUAUUUUGAGGACAAAAUUAUGAACGCUGUUUUUAGGAAGGUUUGGUCCCAGCUUUCGGAAGAAUAUGAAGACAUCGUAACUCUAUUUGGUGACAGAGUUAUUCAAGAUUCAUUGGAGAUGUUCAGUUUGUCUUCAAGAGAGGGAAGUGCCAUUCCUGGAAACCAUAGACCAACGGCCAUGAUGGAUCACAACCAUCGCCGAAUGGAGGGACAUGGUCAUAGGAUCGACUCCAUUGACGAGAAUUCGAUUUUUGGGCCAUCCAAUCACUAUUUUGGGAUAGCAUCCAAAGGAAUGGAGGAUCCUUUCUUUCACAUCAGCGAAGAGGAUCCUAUGUCUCUGCCAAAUCUUAGACAGAUGAGCGGAAAUGCAAGUCGUUCCAAUGAAGAUGGUCGUUCAAGGCCAAAUAGCAGUCAAACAGUGCGACAAUUACCCGGAAGAGCUCGACAAGCCAAUUCAUUUCGAGGUGACCGACCUCAUACCAUCAAAGAAGUGCCCGAUGGAAUUUCUCCUGCAUUCACCCCUAGUCCCACUAAAACGAGCCCGAUGUUUCGGAGAAUGCGAAGUCAAUCUGGAUCGCCUCCCAAUUACAAUCGUAAUAGUCUACCCUCCAUUCAAGAGCCUUUGUCUCUGCCUCCCAUUCAAGGAGUGGCCACUGGACUCUUAAAUCGAGCCACAACCGCCGGAUCUAUUCGAACGUCACUCCAAGCACCCAGAACUUCAUCGGUCAUGUCAAGGUUGUCUAGAGUGCAAAGCUCUUCAACUCUACGAGACAGAGUCAACAUGGACCACCAUUUGGUCCAACAACAUCCGGAAAGAGCUAUUUCCGUAACAGGCCGAAGGCUGAAGAGUCUGACUUUAGAGGAAAAGAAACCUACACCGAGGCCAACCUUCAAUGGAAAAGUACAAAAACAAGAUCCAGCCAAACCCAAUCAGAGGCCAUUACUACGACUCCGUCAGCUUUAACUGAUAACAAUGUUCUAUUUUCUGUGAUACUUAUAUGCUGGCAUUAAACAAGUAGUUGAUUUUAA